AUGGACGAGCUGGACCUGGGCAUUGUAGAGCGGAGGAUCGCAGAGGGCGAUUACUUGGCAGCGAGGGUUAUCAGUCCCUCCUCCACAUACACCGUGAGUGAUGUCACAGCACCUGCAGCUGCAGUUGCAGCUGCAACAGCGGCAGCAGCUGCUGCAGCAGAGGUCGCGGCAGCUGCGGCAGCUGCUGCUGAUAUUGUAUCCCGUCCAUUGGAACCCCCCAACAGCGGACUUUCUGGGGGUGCUCCGACGACGGGUGAUGCGGCGGCAGCAGCAGCAGAAGCAAGAACAGCAACAGCAGAUCAACAUCGGCGUCAGUCUUCCCAAGACCCCGCGCGUUUGUGCCAAAAGCAGCAGCAACAGCAGCUGCAGCUGUCUGAAUCAGUGCUUCAGGCGAUAGCGGUGCGGAAGUUACAACUUUUGCCCCUAAGAGAGUGGGAAGAUGAACAGCGCGCAAGGCGAGAAGACUUCUUCAGAUCCAUCGGCGAUGUGGUGGAGACCGUGGUGUCCGUCUUCCAACACAGCGAGAGGGACCAUCAAGAUCUGCUCAAGUUUUUUCGUGGGCGAGCAAAGGCGGAUAAGGAGGCAGCGAGAGCGCUGAAGCAUUGCAGCGUCCGUCUCUCCACCCGCUGCACUGCAGUGCAGCAGCAGCAAGGCAACUGUGCUAGCAGCGCGGAUCUCAUUCGUCAGGCCUCUACUGGCAACAGUAGCAUUUUGAGCGAACUGUCGCCACGAAGGCUCCCUGAGGCUCCUCUUUGGGAGGAGUGGGAUGACGCGGCACGCGAGGGCUGCGGCACCAGCAGGAGGAAGCCAGCGGGGAGCAACGAAGGCAACAAGAAUUCUGGAACCCCUCCUUGGGUAUCAGAGGCGUUCGAGCAGAUGCGCGCUGACUCGGGGUCAGGCCCAGACGCCAUCUCUUCUGCGUCUGUGGCUGCCGUUUCGGCGACAGGAAUAACAUCAGCUGUUUCGCUGGCAGCAGAGCCUCACGUAUCUGGAGGGCAGCAGUUUGUCGAGGUGCAGGGUGUGUCAAUGCUGGCAACAGCCACGCCAGAGGACCUCAUAAGAGGUGAAGAUUGGCCUUAA